GAAUAUUGCGUGGACCCUCCCAAUCAACACAAUUGCAGAAUCGUAACAUUACUCAUUACUUGAACGAUCAGAGUAACUCUCCUUUGCUUUGACAGAGAUCACAAAUUAAUCGAGAUCCACACACUACUUCAACCCGCUCCGAUCAUGUUGGUGACAACGAGCAAAGUUUUGCUAACGGCCUCUAUGGUCGUUGCCCACUUGGCGAUUGUGGAAGCACAAGCAAACGCACCCAGCAGACAGCCCAGCGGUAUGCCCAGCGGUAUGCCUAGCAGUAUGCCCAGCAGACAGCCCAGCAAAAUGCCCAGCGGUAUGCCCAGCAGUAUGCCCAGCAGCAUGCCCUCCGGGCAACCUUCAAUAUCGAUAAACCCAAGCUCUCAACCUUCAGUAUCGGCACGUCCAAGCAUGGUUCCGAGCCUAUCGCCCAGCAUGGUUCCCAGUGUGCUUCCGAGCAGCACGCCCAGCAGACUUCCUAGUGUUCAACCCUCUCUCUCUCAAAGUCCGAGUGAGGCGCCGAGCGCACUCCCAAGUAGUACGCCGAGCUCCUUGCCGAGCAGCACGCCAAGCAGAUUACCCAGUGCCACUCCCAGCCUCGAACCGAGUUCUCUCCCAAGUUCAACUCCAAGCGGUYUACCCAGCGCUACACCCAGCAGCAUGCCGAGUUCUGUGCCCACAGACUCUGCAUACCCAAGCCAGGAACCGACCAUCGAAGACCGCCCAACUGUUACGCCAUCUGCCGCACCCGGACAAGAUGCCAUCAACAACGGAGUGGCGAGCAGUGCGACUGGUGAUCGUGCGCUCGUAGCCGGAGGUUACAGGAACCAUGCCUCCGGCGAUGAUUCGGUGAUCGGUGGAGGUACCAAUAACGCAAGUUCUGGUGACAGGUCCGCCGUGCUAGCAGGAAACAAUAACAUUGCAGCCGGUCAAUCAUCCACCAUUGCCGGUGGUUCUAGAAACUCCGCUUCUAGCAAGUCUACUACUAUUGGUGGUGGUGCCGGAAACACGGUAGUAGGCCAAAACAGCAUCAUAGCUGGAGGAAAUGCGAACGAAAUUGGGUCGUCCUCGAGGAAUGGCAGCUCCAGGAAUCUCCAGGCCAAGGAUACGACAUCUAGUACCAUCUCUGGAGGGGACAACAACAGAAUCAACAGUCGAUACUGUACGAUUGCCGGAGGAGGUUCGAACAAAAUCACUGCAAGCUCCAACUCCGGUACCAUCUCGGGUGGUAAAUACAACCGCGUGAAGAAAAACGGAGCUACGGUUGGGGGAGGUCUUAGCAACAAGGCCGAGGGUGAGCAAUCCACUAUUUCGGGUGGAAAGGAYAACGUUGCGAAAGGAACUGUAGCCACCAUUUCGGGUGGAAGAAGGAACCAAGCCUCUGCAUCCUUUUCUAGCGUUGGUGGUGGAGAAGACAACCAAGCCAAGGGAUUCGGAUCCGUGGUUGCCGGUGGAAAGUCGAACCGGGCCAAGGGAUCGCAAUCCAUUGUUUUGGGAGGAUCCUCCAACGCCGCAGAAGGCGAGAAUUCUAUAAUCCUUGGUGGCAAAAACAACAAGGUUGAAGGGGAUCAUGCCCUGGCGUUUGGAAACAAGGUAGAGAUCGGUACCAACGGUGACCGAUCGGCUGUCUUCAACCUCGGAGCGGGCACGGUUUCUGCAGACAACGAAGGCGAAUUCCGGGUGGUUGGCCAAAUGUUCACUAUCCACAUCGAGGGCCAGGAUGCGGUCACCAUCGACAGCAAAAACGUUCACAAUCUGAAGAAUCUGCUCGGCGGAAGGUCGCCCGGACCAUCGCCACCGUCUGGCGAUCCGUCUGGCGAUCCGGGUGACGUUUUCGAAAAAGUCCUGGACGAUUCCGAUUCGGAAGAUACCGAUACAGGCGAUUUAUUUCGAAAGAUCAACAACCUCCUCGUUCGUAGAAACCUCAAGAUCGAGAAUGUGCCAGAGGCCGAAGACUUGGACAGGGUUGACUGCCACGAGUCCGUCCAACAUCUGCGAGAUCAGGUUCAUCGACAAAACAUCAAGAUUGAAGAGCAAGACAGAAAGAUCGAAGAGAUGCGUCUCAUGAUGGAGACGUUCGUUGCUGGAAACGUUCAAUAAAGCGGCCUUUCUAUGAGAAUAAAUUGAUGCAGUUUAUGGUACGGAGAUAGUUUGUGCCUCCGUACCACUAGUACACCAAAAUCUUUGUCUAAAUGUAAUACUACUACUACUAGUUAAAAACAUCUGAACGAAAAUCGUCACUUUGCGGUACAAGUACAAUACAGUAAAUCAUGUUUA